UUAGACAUAGGUGAGUGCUUGUCGGACCCUUGUCAGAACGGCGCUACCUGUGUCGACAGAACGAACUACUACAUCUGUGUGUGCGCGCCAGGGUGGGAGGGAACCCACUGUGAGAUCAACAUCAACGAGUGUGCAUCCGGCCCGUGUAAAAACAACGCCACCUGUCAUGACUGGGUGAACUACUACACCUGCAGCUGUACUUCUGGUUGGGAGGGGACCCACUGUGAGAUAAACACAGACGAGUGCGCGUCUUCGCCUUGUCUAAACAGCGCCACCUGCCAUGACCGGGUGAACUACUAUACGUGUGAGUGCGCGGAUGGAUACAGUGGGACACACUGUGAAACAGAUAUCAACGAGUGUGCGUCCAGUCCGUGUAGGAACGGCUCCACAUGUCUGGACAUAGUGAACGGGUACAUCUGCCAGUGUGACCCGGGAUGGAAGGGCGUCCACUGCGAUAUAGACAUAGAUGAGUGUGUGUCGGAGCCCUGUCUAAACCAGGGCAGGUGUUUUGACAUUGUGAACGGGUACGGCUGUAUCUGCCGGUACGGCUGGAUUGGGACACACUGCGACAUCAACCGCCUAUGUCCAACUAACCCUUGUGAGAAUGACGGAGAUUGCUGGUUGGUGCCCGCAGGCUUCAGGUGUUUGUGUUAUAACGGAUGGACAGGAACAUACUGUGAGAAAGUGUUCCUCGGUGAAAACGUCGAGGCGGACUGGCAACUUGGUGAUUCCAUCACCCGAGGAGACUGGUCGGCCGGGGAGAGACCGAGUCUGUUAGGAGACUGUAGACAGAGAGACCGCUUCCCGUUCCGGGUAUACAACCCGCAGUGUCCGGGCAACAGAAAUGACGUCGGCCAGGCCGUCAGCAACGUGGAACAACACAGCGGCAACUUCUCCUGGCACUUCAAGAGAGGUUACGACACUCAGAAAGGAGGGACGCCCUUCUCCCCUGGUUUAAACACCACAGCAGGAAGAACGGACGGGAAUUACACAGCAGGUGCCGACUCAUUCUACGCUUCCUUCUUCUUCAAACUUGCCAACACUAAGCUUGAUGAGUCCAAGAUUGCUGUAGUAGCAGGGAAUCCUCAAGGGAAUGAAAGAGCUUCAAACUACCUCGAAAUCUAUGCGGAACCAGAACAAAGGGGAGCCCGGUUUAAAGGCCUCCAUAUCCGAGUUGCGGACAGUUACCCUAGCUAUGAAUACUGCGCUUUACAUAAGAACUGUCCCACUGGGCACUACUUUUACAUAGCCGAAAGACUGAAUAUCAGUGUCUGGCACAGAAUCGAAAUGACUUUACACGCCAAACCUGUAGACUAUUUCGACGAAUGGCACUACGUUGUGGAUCAGAAGUACAACCUUUCCGGAGGUGCAUACAUGCAAACCCAGCGGUACGACGAAGGUCUGGCCUACGAGUAUGUGAACAGGCUCAAAUUUCAGCCGAGGCACGACAAUUAUAAAAAGAAAUACCACGGUUUUUUCUUCGAUGAUGUUUACUACAGGGCCUUCAAUGCUGAAGAGAAAUAUCACACGAUUGAAGAGUACGGAACGUCAUUUGAGGAGUUCGAUUUGCCAUAG